AGUAAAAGUAUGAUAAAAAAGGAAAAUAUGGUGAUAAGAAAUCUGAAAACGAAAAUUUCUGAUGAAAUGAAAAUACUUUUAAAAUUAAUUGUAACAUGUAGACGCAGUAUUAUAGUAUUUAAUUAAUUUAUAAUAGUCUCUUGAAUCUUGGUGUAGUCGUAUAGUGUUAAUAAAUUGAACCCUGCAUCUCCAAAAUGAUGUUCGAUGAUGAAUGUGUCGACAAGUUGGAAGAAUUGAACGAAGAAACUGGUGGUUUGAUCAUCAAAAAGAAACCAAACCCUGUUGAAGCGUUUGAAUUUAAGGUACCAACAGCUCGACCAUCUUUAUUCGGACUUGACAAAUUAGCAGCACAAAAAAGAGAAGAAAGAGAAAAGCUCAAAGCUGAAAAUGAAAAGAAUCAGGAAAAUAACUCAGUGAAGAAAGUAGAUUUACGAAAAGGAGAUAGACACUAUCGCAAACCUUACGAUGAAACACCAACUCAUACCGGUGGUCUUUCCAAAGAGGCCAAAGAACGUCUCGACUACCAUGCUAGAAAAGAACGAGAUCGAGGUGUUUACGCGUCUACGAAGCAUAAAUCGUCUCGUGAACAACCUGAAAGAUCGCAUUCGCAUAGAGAUAGACGAGAAGAUAGUCGUGAUCGACGACACGAUCACCGAGAUCGAAGAGACGAUCGACAUCAUUCUAAGAGAAAACACGAUGAAUCCGAGCAUAAAUCGAAACGACAUGAAAGUGAACGAUAUCGUUCGUGGAGUAACACGCCUUCAAUUCGUUUUCAAGAUGCACCAUGGACGCCUAACAUGGAUGGAAGAGAAACACCGUCCAAAAGUUGGGACGAAGACGAGAAAAAUUAUUAUGGUAAAUCAGAAUGGGAUAGGCCCACACCACGAGUACACGAUCGUUACGGUGACGAAACACCUCGUCCUACUCCAGCUCAUAAAUACAACAAAUGGGCACCAAAUAGAAGAAAAACUGGAGCUACUCCGGCUACCGGUAGACAGGAAAUCAAAUGGGAAUCACAUGAAGAUAGAGAACAGUGGGAAGAGGAAGAAAUGAGAAUGGACCGAGAAUGGUAUCUAAUGGAUCAAGGUGUAGAUACAGAAAAUAAUGCAUUUGCCAAUAUUAGCGAAGAUUAUACUAAAAAGAAAGAAUUACAGUUGCAACAAAAUAGCAAAAAACGCAUGUCCGCUCAGCAACGUGAAAUCAGCAAAGAUAACGAAUUAUGGGAACGUAAUCGUAUGUUAACCAGUGGUGUCGUAUCAGCACUUCAUGCUGAUGAUGAUUUCGAAGAAGAGGCCGUUGCUAGAGUUCAUUUAUUAGUGCACAAUAUGGUACCACCUUUCCUCGAUGGUAGGAUUGUGUUCACAAAGCAACCUGAACCAGUCAUCCCAGUCCGAGAUCCUACUUCUGACAUGGCAAUGGCCGCUAGAAAAGGAUGUCUAUCAGUGCGAAGAUAUCGUGAACAAAAAGAACGUCGAAAAGGUCAAAAAAAACAUUGGGAAGUGGCCGGAACAGCUAUCGGUAACAUUAUGGGUGUUCAGAAAAAAGAAGACGAAGUAGAAACUGAAGAAGAAAUCAAGGAUUAUAAAACUAGUCAAAAAUUUGCCCAACAUAUGACUGAUAAAGUCGAAGCUAGUAGUGAUUUCGCUAAAAGAAAAACCAUUGCUCAGCAGAGAGAAUUUCUUCCAGCAUUUGCUUGCAGACAAGAUGUAUUAAAUGUUAUACGAGAAAAUAGCAUCGUAAUUAUUAUCGGCGAAACUGGAAGUGGUAAAACAACUCAGUUGACGCAGUAUCUACACGAAGAAGGAUAUACUAAAAAUGGUAUGAUUGCGUGUACUCAACCUCGACGUGUAGCUGCGAUGUCUGUCGCGAAACGUGUCUCUGACGAGAUGGGAACUGCUCUAGGGGAUGAAGUCGGUUAUGCUAUACGUUUUGAAGAUUGUACUUCCGAAAAAACUGUGAUAAAAUAUAUGACAGACGGUAUUUUGUUGCGAGAAUCACUACGAGAUUCAGAUUUAGAUAAUUAUAGUGCAGUUAUCAUGGACGAAGCUCACGAAAGAUCGUUAAAUACCGAUGUACUUUUCGGUAUACUUCGAGAAAUCGUAUCUCGAAGACAAGAUUUAAAAUUGAUCGUUACCUCGGCCACUAUGGAUGCUACAAAAUUUGCAAAUUUUUUCGGUAACGUUCCUACAUUUAGAAUACCAGGAAGGACAUUCGCUGUCGAAUUAUUUUACAGUAAAAAGAACGUCGAAGAUUACGUAGACGCUGCGGUUAAGCAAGCAUUAGAUGUGCAUUUACGGCAAAAUGAAGGCGAUAUUUUAAUAUUUAUGCCUGGUCAAGAAGAUAUCGAAGUCACCUGCGAAGUUUUAGCUGAAAAAAUUCAAGAAAUAGACGAUGCUCCUGCUCUACUCAUUUUACCUAUUUAUUCUCAACUACCUUCCGAUCUACAAGCUAAGAUUUUCCAAAAAGCUGAAGAUGGUUUAAGAAAAUGCGUGGUAGCUACUAAUAUCGCCGAAACGUCUCUAACCGUUGACGGUAUCAAGUAUGUAAUCGAUUCGGGAUAUUGUAAAUUAAAAGUGUACAAUCCACGUAUCGGUAUGGAUGCGUUACAAGUGUAUCCUGUUAGUCAAGCGAACGCAGAACAACGUAAAGGUCGUGCUGGACGUACCGGUCCUGGAAUGUGUUACAGAUUAUACACUGAACGUCAAUUUAAAGAGGAAUUACUUGCUGGUACAGUACCAGAAAUUCAAAGAACUAAUUUAGCCAAUACCGUUUUGUUACUGAAGUCUUUAGGAGUACAAGAUUUAUUACAGUUUCACUUUAUGGAUCCCCCGCCUCAGGAUAAUAUUUUGAAUUCUCUGUAUCAAUUAUGGAUACUCGGAGCUCUCGAUCAUACUGGUAAUUUAACACCUUUGGGAAGACAAAUGGCAGAAUUUCCUUUAGAUCCUCCGCAAUGUCAAAUGUUAAUCGUAGCCUCCAGCAUGGGAUGUACAGCCGAGAUAUUAAUUAUUGUUUCCAUGUUAUCUGUGCCGUCAAUAUUCUAUCGUCCUAAAGGAAGAGAAGAAGAAGCGGAUGGUGUGAGAGAAAAAUUCCAAGUACCGGAAUCUGAUCAUUUAACAUACUUGAAUGUAUACAUUCUGUGGAAACAGAACAAAUACUCGUCCAACUGGUGUAAUGAACAUUUUAUCCAUAUAAAAGCGAUGAGGAAAGUGCGAGAAGUACGACAACAGUUGAAAGAUAUCUUGGUUCAGCAGAAAAUCGACAUUAUAUCGUGCGGUAACGAAUGGGAUAUUGUUAGAAAAUGUAUCUGCUCAGCUUAUUUCCAUCAAGCAGCUAGAUUAAAAGGUAUUGGAGAGUAUGUAAAUUGUCGAACGGGUAUGCCUUGCCAUUUACAUCCUACCUCAGCAUUAUACGGCAUGGGUUUCACGCCAGAUUACGUUGUGUAUUAUGAAUUGAUCAUGACUACGAAAGAAUAUAUGCUUUGCGUUACUGCCGUUGAUGGACACUGGUUAGCUGAACUUGGACCUAUGUUCUUCUCCGUGAAGGAAACUGGUAGAAGUGGAUCAGCUAAAAAGAAACAUGCUCUCGAGCACAUGCAAGAAAUGGAAAGUCAAAUGAAAUCCGCGCAAGAAGAAAUUAUCGCCCGGAAAGAAGAAGAAGAGAAGAGAGCUCUCGCUAGUAUUAGAAAAACUGAAAUCGUCACUCCUGGACUGUCGGAUCCUAAAGCAACUCCAAGGAGAACACCGGCCAGAUUAGGGUUAUAAUUUUAUAAACGUCCUUUUCAUGUUUGUAAUGUAAUUUCGACAAUUUCGUUGAUAUUUAUUAAUACAUUUUGUAAUGUUAUUUCAGCAAGUUUUUGCUUUUUCCCUCUGUAUGAAUGAUCAUAAUGUGAAUUUUUUAAUAAAGAAUAAUUUAAUAUU